ACGGGGUGCUGUGGGUGACGGGGUCCCGGGGCGUGGAGAGGCCUCCCAGCGCCGCUCCCGAGCCGCUUUGGUGCCAGAGCAGCUCCCGCCACGCCUGAACACGCCGGUGUCCGGGCGCUGGGGGCGCGCAGAGGGUGCGAGCCCGGCCCCGCUGCGGCUGACACGCGGACCCCGGCAGCCCCCCGAGGAUGAAGACGCUGGUGCGGCUCUUCCUCUCGCUGGUGUGUGUGGCGGCGGGCGCCGUGCUCUACGUCCUGCUGGGCUCCCACGCCGGCCUGCAGCCCUGCUGCCGCGCCACGGGGCAGCCGGGCAGCCCCUCAGCACCCGCCGUCCUCAGCUUCCAGGGCUACAGCCGCGUCCCUGACGGGAAGCCGCUGGAGCGGGCGCUGUGCCGCCGCUGCGCCAUCGUCUCCAGCUCGGGGCAGAUGUUGGGCUCAGGCCUGGGCCAGGCCAUCGAUGGGCAGGAGUGUGUGCUGAGGAUGAACCACGCCCCCACCGCCGGCUACGAGCGCGACGUGGGGUCUCGGAGCACCGUCCGCGUGGUGUCACACACCAGCGUCCCGCUGCUGCUGAGGAACCAGCCCUACUUCUUCCAGCAGUCCCAGGAGACCCUCUACGUCAUCUGGGGGCCAGCGAGGAAGAUGAGCAGGGAGAAGGUGGGCCCGACCUACCAGAUGCUACUGAAGGUGAUGGAGACGUACCCCCAGCUGCAGGUGUACACCCUGACGGAGGAGAAGAUGACUUACUGCGACGACAUCUUCCAGAACGAGACGGGGAAGAACAGGAUGAAGUCUGGCUCCUUCCUGAGCACGGGCUGGUUCACCAUGAUCCUGGCGAUGGAGCUGUGCGAGCAGAUCUGUGUCUUCGGCAUGGUCAGCGACAGCUACUGCAGCAGGGAGAAGAACCACUCGAGCGUGCCCUACCACUACUUCGAGAAGGGCCGUCUGGACGAGUGCAAGAUGUACCUGGUGCACGAGCGCGCGCGCCGCGCCGGGCACCGCUUCAUCACCGAGAAAGCCAUCUUCUCCCGCUGGGCCAAGAGGAGGAACAUCAACUUCACACACCCGUCCUGGGCAGGCGGGUAGGCCGCCAGCCAUGGCAGGAGGUGGUGGCAGCGGGGCAUCUCUCAUCCUGCAACAGCGACACUCCGCAAUGCCGGUGUCGGCUUUACUGAGCUCUGGAGCAGGGAGGCUCCAUCUCUGCAGCAGCAGGGCCAGUUCCCCCAGCUGGUGGGUGGUCUGAGACUUCCCCGUGUCGCUGCAUGAGAGAUGUGAUCAGGACCCAUGGAGGAGCCCCAUCAGCCCCAAGCACCUGCCCAGAUGGACCCAGAGUGACCACGAAGUUUUUUCCAUGGGAUGAAUAUUUAAUGCAGGAUUAAAGAUUCAUGCUGCUGGACAUAGGGCAGGGGAGCUUGGCCCUGCCAGGACCACGAACCUGUGCCUCUCCCAGGGAUGAAGCUUUGCUACAGUUCUUGCCCUGAAACUGAUCACUGGAUGUAGAACCUGGGGAGCCCAGGGCCAGGCCCCCAUGGUCCUGCUGCCCCUGGGCAGGACCUUGUGCCUCCACCUGCCCCUGUGCCCCCCAGCUGGAAGCCCAGGGGCCAUGUAUGUCCCAGGGGCUCUGAAUUGCCUUGUCACAAGUGCCCUUGGAUUCAGACCAAAGCAAAUGUGACCAUUAAAAGUAUUUUUAGCUCAGUGUUUUUAUCA